AUUGGCGUAGCUAAUGAUUCCAAGUUUCCAACCCCUUCUCUUUUCCCCCCAAAGGAGCUGAUCAAUCAGCUGGAAAGCAAAAAGGUGGUUAAUCGAGCCAAUGCGCGGAGGCGGAACAGCAACGCGAGCCCGAGAAGCCUCUCGAACCUUCUAGAUUCCCCCAAACCCUAAGCUUAAACCCUAGCGUCCUCUCCCGAUUGUUCGCCCCCGCGGCAUCUCGAUCGACGGCGCCCAUGGCCGAGAAGGAGGAGGCGGAGGAGGAGGUGGAGGAUGAGGAGGAGUACGAGAGCGACCUCGACGACGCGCCCCUACCGGCGGUGAGGCGACGCGCCGCGGCGAGCGACGACGAGGAGGGCGGCGGCGCGUCGGGUUCAUCGGCGCCGUGGAGCGUGGCGGGGUCGGACCUCGACUCCUACUCCGACUCCGACGGGCAGGGCGCCGCGGAGAUGUACGACGACGAGGAGGAGGGGUCCGAGGAACGCGAUGAGUUGGAGGCGGGAGGUGGUGGUGGUGGUGGUGGUGGUGGUGGUGGUGUUGGGGGAGGAGAGGCACUUGAGGACGAGGGGAAGUGCGCCGACGAAGAAGCGCUUGAGGACGAGGGGAGGUACGGCGACGAGGAAGCGGAUGGCGUGGUCGCGGCACUUGGGGACGAGGGUAAGUGCGACGGUGAGGAGGCGGAGGUGGAAGCCGCGGUGGAAGGAGCGGAGGUGGUGAACAAGGAGGGCGAGGCCCAGGCCGUACCAACGAUAGGCGCCUUCUACAUGCACGAUGACCGUUUCCGUGACCCGGAGAAUGGCAGGCACGGGAGCCAAAGGAAAAAUUUCGGUGGCCAAAAGUUAUGGUAUCCUAAAGAUGAUAACGUAUGGGCGCAUGAUAGGUUUUAUGAGAUGAAUUCCCAUCAUGAUAGGCUUUAUGAGACGAACUCCCAUAACUCUCCAAAUGACAGUGGAAGGGGACCAAGAGGCUCUUUUAGAGCAUGGGGUGGGGAUAGAACACAUCGUUAUGAUCAUGGCUAUCUUGAAAGAACUUUAUCCCAAUCUUACUAUCAUGAUGAUAGAGAAGAGUACAAGUAUGUCCCAAAGGAACCACGUACUUUCUUUGCUACCACCAGGGACCACAUUAGCUUUCUGAAAGAAUCCAACAAUAUGUAUGGCAGUGCCAAUAACUACAAAAGAGUUCCAAGGGGGGAGUUUCUAACCCGUAUGUAUCUCAUUGGAGGAGUGAUCCAGAGAUAUGUUCAGGACAAUAUAUUAGAUCUCAGAAUGAAGAGGCUUCUUCCAAUGCAGAAGGGGGAAAAGUAUCCCUCUCAAACUCUGGGUUUCCAAACUGAAAAAAACUUUCCCAUGAAGCAAACUUCUCCAUCAAACUUGAAUUCAGCUUCACCAUCCUUUUACCAUUCUAGAUCAUCUCAUCAGGAACAACCUUUUAUUCAGAGAGGGAAAGCGCGAGCUGUGAUGUUUAGUAAACUCUUCACAUCCUCUGUCCGUAUGGCUCAUAAUUCUCUGAAGCCACAAUCGCGUCCUGUUUAUAGAGUGAAGGCUGUUGUUCCAUCUGGUAGAGGGAACACUCUUGAUUCUCUUAGCACAAAUGCUAUGGAGGAAAUUGAUAAUCCUGGCUCAAAUUUAUCUGGAUCAGCAUCAGACAACUACAUCCAAUAUUCAAAAUCCAGUGAUAAAGGAACAGUUUAUCAGGAAAGGUCAAUUCAUCGACCAUUUCAAUCCACAUCAAGGGUGUCUACUCUGGUGUUUUGUCCGAAACCUCUCAGUACCACCCAAAUUCAAUCUCAUGUGACAAGUUCAAAUGAAGAUAUUGAGACAAGUAUGUCCCCUGGUUUAGUCAAUUCUUUAGUGUCAUCUGCAGUGAAGACUGAGCUAAAAGAGGAGGUGGAGGGGCCCUCUUUUACUUAUGAUGAAGGUCAUGUUCAUGGUGUUACAGGAGCAAGGGGCCUUACACUCAGUGACAAAGCUUUGCAGUUCAGUGGACAACAUCCUAGGGGACCUGAUACCCCUUUCAUUGGCAGGACUCUGCCUAGAUUUGUGGUUCGACAACUAGUCGGUGGCAGUUCUGAAAUGAAUCAAAUGACAUGGCUGCUAGUAUCGUCUAGUUCUACUGGGGCUCCGGGAGCAACACAUAAUCCACCACAUUUUGGCAGCUAUUACCCCCAACCUUCUGAACUUGUGCCCUCAUUGGUAUCUCCAAGAUUGUUAGGGUACGAUCAUGUAUUCAUAUCAGAAAGCUAGCUUGUAUUUGGUGAACCAGAAUAGUAAUUGCGUCAGUGUCUGCCAAGGGUACUGUAUUUCUGAUUAUGUUUUAAAUAUUUAGAUAGUAUUCAAUGCAGAUUUUUUAAUAAACCUUGCUCUCAGAUA